UUAUCUAUAUUAUUUAGCCAUAAACAGCAUCAUAAUAUAGGAAACUGUAUUAUCCGUGUUUUUGUCCCUUUGCAGUAGUGCAUUUUGAAUUUAUAUCCACUGAUCCCUGGCACACUUGAAACAUUACACAACAACAAUUUCUCCAACUGUGUUUACAUGUUCUCUAUGUACAUUUUUACUGUGAUUUAUCAGUUAAAAUGAUACAUUUCGACGAACUUUUUCCGUUUGCAAUCAUUUGUAAAUUGCAAGUUAUUACUGGAGAAGAUGUAUCUUAACACAAUCUUAGAUUGUUUAAAGUAUCUUCUUCUGGGUUAUAUUUUAGUUAGUCUUCUGUAGUUUUGUUAUGUGGACUCUUAGGGCCGCUGUUGACCAGAUUGUCAACGGAAGAGAGCAGGUUUGCAGCAGCACCUCCCUUCUAACGUCGACACAGUACAGACAGAACUCGACGGGGAAAACGCUGGCGAGCCUGGCUGCGGGAUUUCUUUUUUUAAAAGAGGAGAAAUUUCGACUGGUAAAUCAUUUUAACAACGAAUGACUUUUGGAGCUGUUCAUAUGAUAUUUACAUUUUGAAUCUGGGGUGUAUUUGUUGUUUGGAUUACAAACGGACUGUGGAGCCUCACUGAGGGACAAAUCUGAAAGAACAAUGAAUUGGCAAGUACUGUUGUUUAUGUCGCUGCUUUCACUCGACUCAGUUUUCGGACAGGUCAGCUACUCUAUUCCGGAGGAAAUGGCGAAAAACUCUUUAGUGGGAAACAUAGCGCAGGAUUUAGGUUUGGAAAUUAAACGACUUAUUUCCGGCAAAGCUAAGAUCUAUACGAGGAACAGUAACGAGUACAUCGAGCUGAACAGAGAAAGAGGAGUCCUCCUCGUCAAAGAGAGAAUAGACAGAGAGGUGUUGUGCACAGAGACUGCGCUUUGUUCUUUAGAUUUCCAGAUUAUUUUAGAGAAUCCUAUGGAAUUUUACAGAGUUACUGUCCAGAUCACAGAUAUCAACGAUAAUGCACCAACCUUUGAAAAAAAAGAGAUCCAAUUCAGAAUAAGCGAGUCAGCCGUGAUCGGAGCUAAAUUUGUACUGGAAAGAGCUGUGGAUCUAGAUGUUGGUAAUAAUGGUGUUCAGAACUACGAGUUAAAACCGACUGAUAAUUUUGCUCUUAAACUGCACAACAACGCUGACGGUAAUAAAAACGUAGAGAUGGUGCUACAGAAGCCUUUGGACAGGGAGAAACAGGAGCAGAUAUCUCUCGUCUUGACUGCUGUAGAUGGAGGAGAGCCGCAGAUGUCAGGAACAAUGCUUAUUGUUAUCACAGUUUUAGAUGUAAACGAUAAUGCCCCUGUUUUUACACAGCCAACAUACAAGGCUACAGUUACUGAAAAUUCACCUAAAGGCACAGUUGUUGCCACUGUUACAGCCUCAGAUGCAGAUCAAGGCUCAAACGGGAAAAUAACAUAUUCGAUCACGAAUACAUUAGAAAAUGUCAGAAAAAUGUUUGAGGUAAAUCAGGAAAACGGAGAAAUGUCUUUAACUGGAAACAUUGACUUCGAAAAGUCCAGACAUUUUGAGAUAAAUGUACUUGCCAGUGAUGAAGGAGGACUCACAGACUCCUGUAAGUUAAUUGUUGAUGUACUAGAUGUAAAUGACAACGAGCCUGAAAUAAAUAUAAUGUCGAAGUCUACUGUAUUAUCAGAAGAUGCCAAACUUAAUACAGUUGUGACAAUGAUAAAUAUUGAGGAUCUAGAUUCAGAAGAAAACGGCAUCGUCAAAUGUUUUGUUAAAGAAAAUAUACCUUUCAUUUUAAAAACAUCUUCAAAUAAUUUCUAUAGUUUAGUGACAGACAGUGAAUUGGACAGAGAGCUCGCUUCUCAAUAUAACAUCACAGUGACGUGUUCUGAUGAGGGAGUUCCCUCCCUCUCCAGCAGCGUCACUCUCACCUUACAGAUCUCUGAUGUAAAUGACAACGCGCCUGUCUUUGAGAGGAGCUCAUAUGAGGCCUACAUUAUAGAAAACAACACACCAGGCCUCUCUAUAUUCACAGUGAAGGCCAGAGACGAAGAUUGGAACCAGAAUGCCCGUGUUUCUUACAUCCUCGAGGACUCAUCUGUUAACGGAGUGCCAGUCUCCUCAUAUGUUUCCGUCAGUGCUGAUAGUGGAGUUAUCCAUGCAGUUCGGUCUUUUGACUACGAGCAGAUCAAAGACUUCCAGUUCCGCGUCAAAGCGCAGGAUGGAGGCUCCCCUCCACUCAGUAGCAACGUGACAGUGAAAAUAGUGAUCCAGGACCAGAACGAUAACCCCCCUCAGGUCCUGUACCCAGUCCAGACUGGUGGAUCAGUGGUGGCUGAGAUGGUGCCUCGUGCAGCAGAUGUGGGCUACCUGGUGACUAAAGUGGUGGCUGUUGAUGUGGACUCUGGACAGAAUGCCUGGCUCUCGUAUAAACUCCAGAAAGCCACAGACAGGGCGCUGUUUGAAGUGGGUUUACAGAAUGGAGAAAUCAGAACUAUCCGCCAAGUGAAUGAUAAAGAUGCUGUGAAACAAAGACUGACUGUUAUAGUGGAGGACAACGGGCAGCCAUCUCGUUCAGCUGCAGUCAUUGUUAACGUGGCGGUGGCGGACAGCUUCCCUGAAGUGCUGUCUGAGUUCACUGACUUUACACACGACAAGGAGUACAAUGACAACCUGACUUUUUACUUAGUGCUGGCUUUGGCUGUAGUGUCCUUCCUCUUCAUCACGUGUGUAGUGGUUAUUAUAUCAGUGAAAAUCUACAGAUGGAGACAGUCUCGCACCCUGUUUCACUCCAACCUCCCUGUGAUUCCAUAUUAUCCACCACGUUACUCAGACACUUUGGGCACAGGGACUCUCCAGCACGUGUACAAUUACGAGGUGUGCAGGACGACUGACUCCAGAAAGAGUGACUGUAAAUUCGGCAGAGCUGGUAGUCAGAACGUGCUGAUAAUGGACCCCAGUUCUACAGGGACCAUGCAGCGGAUACAGAGUGAGAAGAGCAUCCUGGAUGAACCAGACUCUCCUCUAGAGGUCAGUUUUACCUAUGAGAAAAUGUUUCUUUUGACACAUAGGUUCGAUAUCCUGCCUCUUGGUUGUAGAAUGUUAUAAAUUGAUCUCAUUGGAAGUGUUUGGCCAUAUUCAGUUAUUCAGUCAAGUGAGCUCAUCUUCCCUGUACUCUGUAACGUUGGCUACAUAGUUGCACUUUUGCGUAUUAUAACAGUUUUGUAUUGACUGAAUAUGAGUCAACUAUUUUACCAUACUUCUGAAUGCCCCUGUUGAUUUGUGUCCCUGGGAGUCAUAUUAUUGUAAGAAUACUUUUUUUUUCAUUUCAAUAGAUGUCGCAGCCUUGCGCUUUCUAUUACAGGAAAUGCUUAU